ACGACCGUCCUCAGCACGGUGUGUCCACGUCACGGCCGCUUUUUCCCACGCUGAGGACCCCCCAUCCCCUCCUCCCUCUUCAUCAUCAUCAUCACCACCGCUGUGACAUCGAGCGACUGGACUUUAUAUUUUUUAACCCCCCCCCCCCCCCCCACACACACACACACACACACACACAUACGUACACACACACUUUUUUGUCUGCCCCGGUUCCGGCUCAAAUUGUUCCACGUCUUUCCUCGCUAAGAUGGCGGCGGAGUACAGCUCUCUGCUCAGCGACCUGUCUGACAACAUCACCAACGAGGACCUGGAACAGCUGAAGUCUGCCUGCAAGGAGGACAUCCCCGAGGACCAGAGCAACGUCAUCACGUCCUCCAAGGAAUGGUUCAGCUACCUGGAGAAAAACGACAAGCUGGCCCAGGACAACCUGUCCUACAUCGAACAUAUCUUUGAGAUAUCGCGGCGGCCUGACCUGCUGACUCGUGUCAUCGAGUACCGCACUACCGUGCUGAAGAUUUCCGAGGACGACGAGAUAGACACCAAGCUGACACGCAUCCCCUCGGCUAAGAAGUACAAAGACAUAAUCCGCCAGCCAUCCGAAGACGAGAUCAUCAAGUUGGCUCCUCCCCCUAAAAAGGCGUGAAGUUUGCUGCCUGUUACCUAUUACACCCACCGACUCCUUCACUCCCGCCUCUCCAGUCAAUCAACUGACUGACCGGUUCCGAUCUACUAUAACCUCACCCUUGCUCUUGUGCCCUUACACACACACACUCACACACACACGCACACACAC